AAAGCCUAUGGGAUGCUUUACGGUGAGGUUACGAUACUUCAGCUUUAGCGAGACCUACAGCUGCUUAGUUUUGUCGGCUAACGUUAUGUACAAACGGGCAACUCAAACUAUGAAAGAACCUAUUGUUUUGUAUUCAAAGGUUCUAGCUAGAUUUACACUUUUGAAAGAAGUGUAAGUCGACUCUGCUCAGUAAUACCGGCUUCUGUGACCUUUCCCUUCGCGGAGGGUCCAGCUCCGAUCCGGCGUUAUCAGGGUUAACGCUAAAAUAACGAACGUUACGUUUGGGCUAAAAACUAGCAUCCCUAAAGCUAGCAGGCUAAUGGGUCAUAAGGCAGCUAACUACCUCACUGGAAACAAACAAAAAGUGGGUCACUGAGCUGAGGAGUAGCUUGUUUGCAGGAAUAACUGGUGGCUGCUGGGUCAAGGACGAAACUAAGCUAGCUACACAACUUCAGGUGGUGCAGUUAAAUGUAGGCAGGGCUCCUCUGGCUUUUCCCUGCCUGAAUAACUCACCUGCAUGCAUCACCUGAAGCAAACAGGCUCCACACAGCAACUCCUUCGCUAGGGGAGUGGCCUGCGUAACGCUGGUGGAAAAACUCCAACAAACGCGGUGGGAGGGAGUUGUUAGCGAGGUAACGCUAAGUUUGUGAAGACUGUCGCUGAAACAGUCUAAAGAAGCCCCGAGAAGGCUGUGGAAGUCACAUUAAACGGGCGAAACAUCUCGUUUCGUCCAGCGCACCGGCAUAUCUCUGAAGUUUGCCUCAGCUCAGGAGCAGACCAUGUCUCUAGCUGAGCAGAGUCAGCAGUGGUACCCCACCAGCGUUCAGGUAACGGUGCUUGAAGCGCGAAACCUGCGGCUCAAAGGCAAGAAUGGCACCAACGACGCGUACGCCAUCAUGCAGGUGGCCAAGGAUAAGUUCUCCACCUCGGUGGCCGAGAAAAGUGUAGCUCCCGUUUGGAAGGAAGAAGCCACCUUCGACCUGCCGCUCUUCCACCGCGGCAACGCGGACCGGUGCACUUUGGUUAUCAUCAUCAUGCACCGUGCCCUGGUGGGCCUGGAUAAGCUUUUGGGACAAGCCGUCAUCAACCUGGUGGACCUCCAAGAGAGCAAGACACGGAAAAAGACCGAUUGGUACAAGCUGGUGGAUAAGAAUGGCAAGGCAGACAAAGAGAGAGGAGAGGUUCUCCUGGAUAUCCAGUUCAUGAGAAACAACAUGACUGCCAGCAUGUUUGACCUCUCCAUGCAAGACAAGCCUCGGUCCCGCAUCUCCAAGCUCAAGGACAAGGUUCGCGGCAAGAAGAAGGAUGGCCUGUCUGACUCUGCCUCUGCCAUUGUGCCCUCUACUGUUGGUCAGGUCCUGACAGACAGUGAAGGGGAGGAUGAGGCUAAUCCAGACUCUGCGAAGGGCAAGAAGUCGUCCAAGUUGAAGUCUCUUUUUGCACCAAAGUCUAAUCUCCACAGGGGCGUAUCUCAGUCCAUGUCAACCCUCGGCACACUGCCUGAGAAGAAUAGCUCGCUAAGCAGCAGCCGAUCCUCAGGCCUCAACGGAGAGUCCCCUGAUGUGAAAAAGAAGUUCAAAUUUCUGGGCCAUAAGAGAACAAGCAGCACAGACAGCAAGGUAUCUCUGGGCCCUUUCUCACUGCUCAAUCGCUCCAAACAGAACAUCCCAGAGCAGAACAACCUAUGCAUCAAUGGCAGUCAUGUUUAUGCUGAGGAACAAGAGCCCAAGCCAAGUUUUGGAUCUACCCUCAGUCUGAGCAGCUCUGCAAAAGGCUCUGUAGAAGACUUGCGAAAAUACCACGAACGAAACGCAUCUGAUGUCUCGGCUGACUCGUUCAAAGGCCUCAGUAUUCCUACCUACAAGCCUGAGCCAGUAGAGAAAGCCUUACAUGUUCCACAGCACCCUCAAGAGGAUGAAGAGAAGAAGCACAAGAAGACAGAAGGACGCUUGCAGGAGGUUUUGGAGAGGCAGGAGGAACAGGAGAGAAUGAGGCAACAGGAGCGAGAGGAAAGAAGGAGAAAACAGGAGGAAGAAGAAAGAAAGAUAAGGUUGGAGGAAGAACAGAGGAAGCGCCAGGAGGAGGAAGAGCGUCAAAGAAAGAGGCGUGAAGAAGAGGCAAAGAGAGCGGAGGAGCAGAGGCGCCAAGAGGAGUCCAGAGUGGCUGAGAGGCUGACUUCCCUUUUUGGCCUCGGGAAGAAGAAAGAGGAGCCGAGUCCUCCAGCUGUGGUGGAUCCCAAACCUAUGGACGUACCUGCCUCCACAAACCCUUUUGAGGAAAUUCCUCUCAGCCCAGACUCCACAAAUCCUUUCUUGGUGGAGAGCCCAGCAAAGGCACAGAAGGAAGAGCGAAAUACCUUUACCCCAACACCACCUACCAAUGCCUUUCCUGGACGCACAGCCAAGGUUUCUGCAGUCAAACCAAGAUUGGCUCUCAGUCCGAAGCCUGAAACAGAUAAUACUGAUCCCCUUGUCUCCCCUGAUACCUCAGACAUCCAGCCCACUGUCCCUGGGUCUUCUUUGUCCCCAAAACCUUCUCCCUCUAGUGACCCUUUUGAGUCUUUUGCUAUGUUUUCUGAAAUUCACUCUACUCUGGCACCUCCUAAACCACAGAGAACUUUUGCAGAAUCCCCAAGAGGCAGCAUGGAAAACCUUUCAGGAGCAGAUUACACCACCAGCAUGUCUGAAAAAAAGCACAGGGCCCUCCAACCACCUAACUAUCCUGGAGGUUCAUCAAAGAAUGGAACCCACCAUCCAAAAAAUGAAGUGUCUUCACUAAACUCUCAAAGUCAAAGACCUCCACUUCCUCUCCCUGACUAUGAUGCUCUCUUUCCCAAGAAGAGACAUGGGGUCAUGACUAACACUCGUUGGGAACACAUCAUAGCAGAAGUCAACCAGAGAAAGACAGAUUCCCAUCUGAAGAAUAUUGAAGAAGAGAUGAGCGUAGAUGGUCCUAAUGAGCCUGUGCCCAAUAAAUCUGAGAUUAUAAAAGAAAGGAAUUCAUCAAGCUUUAACAAACAUCACAAGGAUUAUUUGGAGGCAUCCUCUGUCUCCAUGACAAGAAUGGAGCCCAAACAGGCUCUAAUACCACCUAAAUCAACUACAUCUGCUACAGCAAGACAGGUGCUGGAGGUUAAUUCCAAGCAAGUUCUUACCCCUGAACCAGUAUAUGCUACUGUGGAGAAGUCUAACCGUUUUGCAUCCAGAGCUUUACGUAGUGACUCUACACCAAAGGUACAGCAAGAACCUCAAGUGAAAGAGAAGAGAACCUUCAGCACUGCUGUUAGUGCUGUUGCCCAACCUUCAGAGACAAAGGAAAGGCCAACACCAGCUGCCAGAGCUGUAAAAACAUCAAAUUCGCUGGAGAAUUCUAACGCUGAGGAUGACACUACAGAGUUGCCUUCAGCCAAACCCAGGCUAAAAGUGGCAGAGAAAGAACCAGUCAUACAGGUUCAGCCAGAGCAGCCUACCACUCUAAGUUUAACAUUAUCAGAAAAAGCCCAGGUGGAAAGGAAAAAAGGUUCCAUGACACAUAAGAGCUCAUGGGAGAAUAAAGGCUUAGAGGAAAGAAUGCAGGUCCCUGUGAAUGUGUCAAAUAUAACUCAUAUUGCAAAAAAUGAGGACGUGCCAAAAGAACAGCCAGUUGCAGAUGUAUUCAAAGGUCCUGAGAAAGAACUGAUUGACUCUGACCCUUUCCCAAAUGACAAGCUGAUCUGUCUAGAUCCUUGGGCCUUACCAGAGCAAGACACGCACCAAGAUGACCUCUUCACCAGUGGCCUGAAAAAAAACCACAAAGUCUAAUGAUCUGGGAUUAACUCCUGAGGACUUUGAUAAUUUUUUUGGAUCUACUGCAUCUAAAAAUAAAGCACAUGAAUUCUUUGGGUCUGUUGCAUCCAAAGAUGAAAUGGAUCCA